UGCUUUCCCUUCCUUGUUUUGGUGAACAUGUAAAUGCUGCAGAUUAAGUCUUCUUCCUGUAUCAUCUUACAAGACACAUGAAACAUGGACUUACAUAAGUUUAUCCUGUUCGUGGCUUUUUCUCUUUUCAGUCCGGUUCUCACAGAUGAAGACUUUUACCAAGCGAGAGCAUGCUGUACAUUCAAAGGGCCACACUUUGAAGAAACCGAGUACAUAUUAACUAGUUUUUUUAAUAAGAACUUGAUGAUGGAGUACAACAGCACAAGAGGCAACUGGACGGGAUUCACAGCGUAUUCAAUUGAAGCAGCAAAAUGGUGGAACAGUGAUCCCCUUGAUGCAAUAACAAGAAAGAUUGAAAGGAAACUGUUGUGUACGGACACGUUAGAUGCCAUCCAAUACGCAGAUAAUCUGACAACUAUACCCACCGUCAAACUAAAAUCAGUGAAAAGGCCAAAUGGCGAGCGCACAUCUACGCUUGUGUGCAGUGCCUACAACUUUUAUCCAAAACAAAUCAGAAUGAUGUGGAUGAGGAACGGCCAGGAGGUGACCACAGACGUCAGUUACUCUGACGUGAUGCCUGAUGGUGACUGGUACCAGACUCAUUCUUACCUGGAGUACAUCCCAACUUCAGGAGAAAAAAUUGCCUGCAUGGUCGAACACCUUGGUCUCUCUGAGCCGAUGUUUGUGGUCUGGGACCCCUCCCUCCCAGUGGCACAACAAACUCAGAUAGCUGUUGGACUGUGUGGACUCGUGACUGGAUUUGUUAUUGCGAUAUCUGGAAUCAUCUACUACAGGAAGAAGUCUGCUUCAUACACCACUGUGUUAAAGACAAGUUUUUAUUCCUGUGGAAUCCUUUCAUGAAGCUGGAGCAACUUAACAGCCUGAGCAAACACUAUUAAUAUGGGCGCACUCCAUCCAAGGUGCCAAAUAUCACAGCUCUCUGAAUAACGAUGGCUGUUGUGAGUGAUUGGGGCUUUGCAUCUUGUACCUACGGGACAGAGGACACAUUUGUAAUGCAGUUACACAGUAAAACCUAAUAUUGUGCUUAAUUAAAUAUAUUAAGUAGACUAAACUCCGUUUUCAUCAACUUCUCAUUAGAACUCAUUUUAAGUAAGUUACCAGUACUUUUUUGUUCAAAAAGCUGAUCAACCCAGUUCAUUUGAGUUGGCUUAAACUAUAAAAACUAAGUAAAGGGAAAUUUGCUUUUGAGUGGUGGUAUAUUUUAGGGUUACAAUUCACAGCCUGCUUGGCUUCCCCUUUAUGCCUCUCUUUAUCUGUCUGACAUCAUAGCUGUUUCUGGGUCCAAAUUCCUCUUCAGGUCCCAAAGUCAAACAUCAAACGGUAUCACUGAGCUUUAAAAACUGUCUGAAUUCUUUCAUCUUUAAUAAAAUGUUCAGUGUGGCGGCUUU